AUGGGUGUCUAUAGAGGAAGGUCAACUCAAGGUGUAACCCGUGAGCAACUCCGUGCCGCAUCAGCGAGUGUGUUGUUCCGAGAUGGAAAAGAGAACGAUCAUCGCAAUCGUUGGAGUAGUAGUAGGGAGCGGGAGAGGGAGCUAUCGAAGACACCGUCGCAGGAAUCGUUAAAAAGCGGUGACUCUCAAGCGAGUACAGUGAAUAGUACGGAAGUUGUGGAUGAACAACACGAUAAAAAACCAACAUCCACAACAGUUACGGCAUCGUCGUAUCCAACCAAGGAUAUGGCUAAUCUGAGGCGUAGAUCACAGAUUUCUCGAAGCACUCGUCGCGGUACCGGUCCGAUCUCGUUUGAAGAGGUGCAAUCAGCAUUGGAUGCGAUCUCAACUCCUCCGAAGGAUCAGUCACAACAACAAGUCACCGAGGGUGUGAGCAGUCUAAAUGCACCAUCCACAUCCUACACGAACACAUCUGCAACAGCUGCGUCAACUCUGGCAUCAGCCAAAAAUCAGUCAUCAUCGGUACCUUCAAGUGCAUCGACUGCGAAUAGUAACGCGAUCACACGGGUAAUGAUCACGGAACGUGACAAGUCUUUGCAACCGUCACAGGUGAGCAAAUGA